AUGGCAGAUACUGUAUAUAAAUAUUUAAAAUUACAAAAUAGGCCAUAUAAUAUUAAUGAAAUAGUUUCAAAUCUCCAUAAUGAAUAUGGUAAACAAGCUGUCCAGAAGGCUAUGGACAAAUUGGUGUCUGAAGGAAAGAUAUUUGAAAAAGUCUAUGGAAAGCAAAAAAUUUAUUGUCCAGUUCAGGAUACGAGCCAUGAAAUAGAGGAAUUGAUGAGAAUAGACAAUGAAUUACAAGCUCAUGCUAAUGAAGUUGAAAGCAAAUAUCAAGAGCUUGAAAGAGAAAUUAAGGUACAAGAGGCUUUUUUGUCUUCGAUGAAGUCCUGUAUCACAAUUGAAGAGGCACGAAAACAAAAAGCUAUAAUCCAAGAGAGAAUUACAGUCAUGACAAAUAAAUUAGAUGCAUUAAUGGAGGCAAGUGGUACCGAAGAUUUAACUGAAACUAAAAGAAAGACAGAAGCAGCAUUAAAUGAGUAUUCACGUGAAUAUGUAAAACGAAAACGUUUGUGUACUGAAAUUUUAGACUGUAUAUUAGAUAAUUAUCCUGGUAGUAAAACUGAAUUAUAUGAAGAAAUAGGAAUAGAAUUAAAAAUUGUUGAAUGA